ACUCAAAAACCAACCUCCACACAUAUUACAAUCUCCAUCCACAACCAUACAUGGCGGCAACACCACCACCACCACCACAAGCGGUGGCGGCGGCGGCGGCGGCGGCUCUCUCUCAUUCACCACCUUCUUCUUCUUCGUCUCUAUUUAUCUCUUCUCACCACAGUUUCCCCACCAAUAUUCCAACAAAUUCAGAAAUCUCAAUCUUAUCCUCACCACCCAUUUCUUAUUUUCCUUCCCAAAUUUCAAUUCAAGAACAAAUCCAAAUUCCAAAGCACCCAAUUUUGCUGUUUACCGGAAUUGAAUCGUCACCCACUGUUGACACUCAGACUUUCUUAGUUACCGUCAGUGUUUUGGUCGCCAUUGCUCUUUCCCUUUUUCUUGGUCUCAAGGGAGAUCCUGUACCCUGUGAAAGAUGUGCUGGAAAUGGUGGAACAAAAUGUGUAUUCUGUAGUGAUGGUAAGAUGAAGGCUGAAACAGGGCUUGUUGAUUGUAAAGUUUGCAAGGGUGCAGGAAUGGUACUGUGCAAGAAGUGUGCAGGAUCUGGAUAUUCAAGACGUCUUUAAUAAUUAAUUACUUAGUCUCUAAUUAAUUAAUUAAUUAAUUAAUUUCUAUGUUCCUCUUCAACUAUAUACGUUGUAAGAUGGUUUCCCAUUUUUAUUCAUUUUUAUAUUUAUUA